AUGGACCGAGACGAUUUGACAGUCACAUCAAAUUUUGAUAUUAAAGAUUCAUCAUUAGGAGUGAUGGUUGUAUUGACAAAUAGUACAGAAAUGCUGAAAUAUUUAAAUCCAAAUGGUAAAAUUGCAUGGUAUUAUAAAGCAUAUUCAUGUAUGAAUGAAAAAAAAGAACCAGUUUCAUCAUAUAUUAAUUUUGGUGGUAAUUAUAGUGGUAAUAGUAAUUAUGAUCCAAAUAAAAACCAAGAUAAAGAAUGA